AUGCUGUGCUGUGGACCUCGUGAAACAAGCCCGAUGGCUCGCUAUGCCCAGCUCCUCCGAAACACCCAGAUAGCUACGGAGGAAGCCCCGACCGUGUGGUUCCCAAUGUACGUUCUCCCACUGGCCAGCCUGCUGCAACUGAGAGAGAUGCGGCCGCAUGAAGAGUUGAUGGCCGCUGGAAAGCUCGAGGAGUUCGACGACAGUCUAGGAAACGCAGUCUUUGUGUCGCACCAGUGGCUCGGCGCUGAUCAUCCAGAUCCGGAAAUGAAGCAAAUGUCUGUCUUACAGGGUGUCUUGACGCAUCUGAUGUCCGAUCUGCAGACGAUUCCCGUGGAUUUCAUUUCAGAGGCCCUCGUGCCAGGUGCAAAGGGCUUGCCCACAGCAGCGCUCCGAUCGCGACCUCUUUUUGUAUGGUAUGACUAUUUCUCGUGCCCGCAGGCGGAGGACACGAGUAUCUCGGUUGAAUGCAUGAGGAGAUCGCGUAGCAAGCUUUGCCGAGCUGUGGACAGCAUUCCGGCUUACGUCGCCAAGUCUUCCUUCUUUUUUGCCUUGUGCCCUAUCGUUGAGAACACAAACCGAUCGAAGCUGCUGACUCCGACAACUUGGACAGAGCGCGGCUGGUGUUGUGCCGAAAGGACUUUCCGGGAGCUUUCCCUGACGAAGAGCUGGAUCAUUGUCCGAAGCCACACGGACGCGCAGCUGGUCCUGAACCCAGUGGAGUCGCUUGGGAAGCCACCAGGAGAAGGAAGCUUCACGGUGGCGGGUGAUCGCUGCCAGCUGCAGCCCCUGCUGGAGGCAGGGCUGAAACGCGUCCUCCAGAACUACUUGAAGGUGCAGGACUUUGUCGGCUACCGCGUGAUGCUAAACCUGCAGGCCGUGUAUUUGAGAGGCUACGCUUCGGGCCUCUUGGAGCCCAUCCCUGGCUUUUCCGGCACGGAGUCGGACACUCCAACUUCGCUGGCUCUUGCCAGGUUCAUGUACCAGAACGGCUUCGAGUCAACCCAGGAGGUGGACCGGGCCGGAUGGGCGCCCCUCCACUAUGCCGCCCUGCUCGGGGAUCCAGCGGUGGUGAAGGGUCUGCUGGUUCAGAGGGCAGACCCCAACAGGACGACACAAAAGGGCCAAUGGCGGGUGGGUAUGCCGCCCUGGACGUCGGCGCUGGCCUUGUGCGUCUACUUCAAGCACAACGGUGCUGCGCGCGCCCUCAUCUCCGCGAGGGCCCGCGUGCAGUCUGGCCUUCUCAUGCCACCGCUCAUGACCGCAGCCUUGGCAAAUAACCCAGAAGGCAUCCGCAUCCUAUGCGACGCCGGCUGCAGGCUUCGUACACGGAAUCUUGUUGGGGCUGUUGCGCUCUACGCUGCUGCAAGCCAGGGCUCCAUGCUUGCAAUGGAGGAGCUCCUCGCCCAGGCAGCGCGUGAUUCCGAAGACCUCCAGCUGGGUGCCGUGCUUUGUUUCGCAGCCAUGUUUCAUGGCUGUAGUGCUGAGCUGGUCCACCGGCUGGUGGAGCUGCGGGCAGACGUCAAUGAGCGCUUCAAUGCCUGGGAGGUCUCAAAGCGCUUCGGAGUCUUCAACUUCGUGCAACAGCUUCCCCACCGCUUUGGCAGAAACACAAAGCUGGCGAGGUUCAGUUAUCACUCAAAGGGAGCGACGCCGCUGCUCUUCGCCCUGCUAUCAUCGCAGUGGGAAGGUGCUUCGACCUUCAUUUCUGCAGGAGCACGCCUGGAUCUGUGCAACUCGCGCGGUGUUUCACCAGCAGACGUGCUUCGAGAGGUGCAGGCACCCGACUUCGUGAUGCAGGCAAUGCAUGGAAAUUUGGCCGGCUGUGAAAGAGUGUCGGCCCUUGCAUGCAACGGAAGCCGCACUGAGAUGUAG